AUGCUUGCAGUAUUCUACUUCUUGACGGCAGGGUCUGAUCCUACCCCAGAGACCACAUGGUCAACCUUUUAUAGAGAAAUGCUUUCUACAGGAGAGGUACUAUGCUUAAGAAAUAUUAGAGUCCCUUUAGAGUCAAGGACAAGGGCAAUAUUAAAAUGUAAGUUUUUUUGCCAGACAUUUGAGAACUUGCUUCCACUACUACCACAUUCUUGCUUAAAAUCUGUAGCAGUGGCGGAUCCAGGGAUUAACGCUUUAAUUUUCAUUCUUUCAACAGGGAGGGGAGGGGGGGCUGCUGGCCCCAUUUUAGUCAAAAGCGAUAGAUUUCCCUUAUAUUACAGCAGGAAACGGCAGUUUUAAAUGCCUCAAACCAAACUGAGGCCUGAAGGGCCAAAUUCCUUUAGAAAAACAAAACAAGUAUUUUUUUUAUAUAUUAAGAAACCACCCCCCUGAAGGACUGAUCUAAGGGUCUGAAUGACCCCUCCCCCCCUUAUCUCAAGGUCUGGAUCUGGCACUGCAUAGUAGAAUGAUGAUGACAAUUUCCCGCUAAAAUGACGCUGGUUCUUUCACCCAUUCCUCAUCUUAGAAAGAUAAGCAUGCUCAAUGCAUUUUUGACAUAUUACGAGCUAGGGCAUAACAUUUAUGGAGUAGUAAUAGACUUGUCCACAGUGUGAACAUUGUUGACGAUUUCAAUGAUAGUAAUGACUAUGGAUUAUAUGUUAAUGACAAUGUUAACCUUCAAGGAGAGAGUACAUUGUAGUCCAAAAAGGAUGUCUGUUUCUACAUUACUUCCAGGUUGAGCAUUUGGAGGUGCCAUCAAGCCAGGACAGAAUUUAUGUGUUUUUGCAUAAAGGAGCAAUGGUUGGGGGGAAAGAGGUAAAUUUAUGCGGAUGUAAGAUUAAUUUAAUUUACUCAGUUCACAAAAACUAAAUUUCAUCCAAAGAGUGAAUGCCCUCUGGUAAACUGGUGCUUGAAUUGCUUCAUAGUCAUGUAGCGGUUGGGUUUCAGUUGGACAAAUCCCAUCAGAGUCAAGGCAGACUCUGUUAUAAAUAGGAGCCUUGAAAAAAUAAUACUUAGAUUAUUUACAAUGCAAACAAGAGUGAAAACAACCUAAAAUUAUUACAAAACAAACUUAACCUAACUGGUAAAAAAAUAUAUAAAAUAAUUAUAACAAACAGUAAUAUUUCUAUAGACUCUGAAAAUUAAUAAGAAUAAAAAUAUAUGAAUAAAAAGGCAGCUAUGUGCUCAUGGUAGUGUCAGUGUUGCUAAAAGUUGAAAAUAUCAAGAGCUUUGGUUUAUAGAUAAAAAGAUUAACCUUUUUAAGAUACACAUGAUUGUGUUAUUUGUUAUUUGCAGAUAAUGACCCAUGGCCCACACUUUGUGUUUAGCAUUGCAAGCCUUGACAGUUUUGAACAAAAGAUGGCAGCAGCUCAAUCUGACCUGCACAUCCCAUCCAGUGAUUAUAUACCAAUCAGAUACAGGACAAAGAAUGAACUGCUGUAAGCUCAAUAUCUGAUUGAAGGGAAUAUAUAUUAUGAGAAAUCGUUUUUUUUACUUCAAGUUAGCAGGAGGUUUGAGUUAUCAAGGGCUCGCUUUUCUGAGGGUAAAAUUACAAUAAAAUUGUGAAGGAAAUCCAGGGGAAAUUGCUUUUUUUUGGGGGGGUAGCAAGGGGUCAGGUUAUUGGGAGUCAACUGUAUUAAAUAUAUGCUUACAAUAUAAUAGGUAAUCUUUAAAUUAUAGAAAUAAAGAACAGGGCAAUAUAUUUGUCGUGGUUUCAGGAUUCUUCCAAAACUGAAUUAUAAGAAUUGCUCAACUAAAGGACUGUACAGUGACUGGCCUGUGUAGAUAGGGAUAUCAGGAGGGCAGAUGUGAAUCAUUUGUUGCUGCAGCUUAUUGUGCAAUAAUAUAUAUUGAGGGUUUUGUGUCAUAACAGAUCUACUGCUCUGAAUGCAGCUGUGUCCAUUGCCAUCCUGGGUAUCAUCUGGUACAUGAUUUAUGGCAGAGGGAACAAAAGUGGAACCAAAUCAGGGGGAAUCCUUGGAGGAAAUCCAUUUGUAAGUUUGCUUGAUUUAAACAAAAAGUGAGAAAUGAAAAGUUGAUUGUGGUGUAUUAACAAAUCAGGUCAGACAACCCAAGGUUUAGUGAUCUUCUCAUCUUUCUCAUGAAUUUAAUGACUUUGAUCAGUAGCUAUGUUCUAAAGAGAAAAAAGAAGUUGGUCAGAGUACUGCGAACUUUAAUACAAGUAUUAUUGACAUUAUCGCCAACUUACAAAUUAUUUAUAAGUUGGUGAUAAUGUCAUUCUCCCUGGCAGCAAUAACUGUGAGGAUGCUAGCCAGGGGGCUUGCCAUUUAUUACCUGCAACAGAGAGCUGGCCAUUUUGCUGGGGUGUCAUUUUCAAAAUCUUAAUUGGUUUUGGUGGGUCAUUUUCAGAUAAGGGAGCAUUGCCUGGGGUCAUUUCAAUAAAUUUUAUAAAAGUAAUUUACAAAGCAAUGACGAGCAUGAAUUGAAAUUGAACCUAACAGCCAUAACUAGUAAACAUUUAUCUUGUAAAUAUGACUGUAUUCACGGUGAACUUCAGUGUGAUUUGUAGCUUCAAUAUUUGUAGUUUCCUCAGAAUUGUGUGGGAGUCACUUUCACAAUGUAAAAUUUAUGGCGGUUCAUUUCUGAAAAGCAAGGGUAAAUUGGAGGGUCAGUUUGAAAAUCUUCAAACCUCUCUUAAAAUGGUCAGCCUGCCCUCAAAGACAAAGGUAAUAAAUGACCAGCCCCCAUAUACAUGUCCCAAGACCAAGAUCUGUUCAUAUUCAUAUUCAUAUUCAUACACUAUUUACAGGUCGCCACAUGCAUUACAACACCUGAAGGUUAUCCCUAUAUUAAGAUCUCCACUUACAGAUAACCCACCCAGCCCAGGAAAGGUUGACCUCACCACUGGGGUCUACGUCCCCUACUCUUUUUCAACAGUAGUGUGGGUUCUUUUACGUCCCACAAGAACCAGAUAAGUGUAAGUGCUGUGAGACGGGACCUAUGGUUUUUCAUCCUUAUCUGAGAAAACUAGAAAGUCUAACCAUUUGCAGAUGUCAUCACAAAUGCAGCACUUUCUUCUCAGUUAUGUAAAGACCCUGAGGUUUGGUCUGGCCGGGAUUUAAACCCGCGAACUCCCUCUCAGCAAAUCGGUGCUCUCCCAAUAAUUUAACAACAAUUAGUUGUUCUAUACAAUCUCACCACAGUCUGUUUUAGGAGUGAAUUCCAUGUCUAACACAUACUGGCCAUCAUUGCCAAAGAAGGGUCAAUAUAUUUUUGUUCUUAAUUUCAACAGUCCAACUACAUUAAAGCCAAACCAACAGUGAUCAUGCCUGAAAGUGGACAAGGAAUAAGGUGUUUUAUGGUUCUCAGCAUUUGAAAGUUAUUUUAGAUAAAGCAUUUUAAUUUUUAACUCUUUAGAUUUCAUUGUCAUAAAUGGAUUGUGAUUGCUUGUAUGGAUAUUAUGUACCAAAAGCACAACUGUUGUGCAUGGCAUGGUGGCAUGGAGGGAUUUCAAAGCACCAACAACCAACAAAAUGCAUCAACUACUUUGCUGCCAGAAAUUGAGUACUUUUUUCCCCUAAAGAAACAGCAACUAGUUUUAAUGUGCAUUUUUGUAUUCAGUGUGGUCCCCAGAGUGCUAAAUAUGGCAUCCUACAGCUUUAGGGUACCACGCCCCCAGACCUCACUAGAAGAAGGGGAUUAACGACCCUCUGUUUAUACAGUCAGUUGUUCUAUUCAAACCUGCUGGCUACUUCAAUUCGUAGGGACAUACUUGCUGUUUGGGGAAGCACCUCAUAUUAAAUGUACCCUCCUCCUCUUUUGGGGGAAGAAUUCCUCUUCCCUUCAGAAAUGUAAAAAUUAUUUUACCUUUUUCUUGAGUAGUUUUAAAGAUGUAGCUGGAAUGGAGGAGGCCAAGCUUGAGGUGAUGGAAUUUGUGGAUUAUCUAAAGUCACCUCAGAGGUAUUCAGAACUGGGAGCUAAAAUACCCAAGGUAUUUUAAUAAUUCUUGUUUAAUUUUCUUUGUUUGUUUGUUUGUUGUUGUUUUUUUUUCAAAUACCAUUUUAACCCAUUCCCUCCUAGACUGACGGUGGGUACAAGUUAAGGGCUGGGCAUCAGGGAUUUCCUCCGGCUACUCUACUCUCUGUGUGUGACUGCCGGCUACUUUCAUAGAAAACAGAAGGAAACAGAACCAAAAGAUGACUUCCUAGUUGUUCAAUUUGCUGCACGCUAGUUGCGUGUAUUUGGUAACUUCAAAUGUUAGUGACAGUCGUGUUGCAAGAACUUAUUUUGUCCCUAGUUUACAUAAUUCUAAACAACAAGUCCAUUCUACAGUUUUAUAAUUGUGUCUUUGGAAAAGAUUUUUUUAUACUGUCCAAUGGUGCAUUGUCUUGUUUCUGGCCUAUGUAUAUCACUAACAAAUAGCAUCGUGUAAAAUCGCCUUUAAAUUUUAGACUUAUAAUGUGCUUACAAGUUUUUGUCAUUUCUUAAGGGGGCUCUCCUUGUUGGCCCACCAGGAACUGGGAAGACACUGCUCGCGAAAGCAGUAGCAACUGAAGCAGAUGUGCCUUUCCUGACUAUGGCUGGCUCAGAUUUUGUGGAAGUCUUCUCAGGUGUUGGCUCAGCUAGAGUCAGGGACUUGUUCAACCGAGCAAGGAAGCUUGCGCCGUGUAUUCUGUACAUUGAUGAAGUCGAUGCCAUUGGACGGUCAAGAAGAGGAAAGUGAGUUUACUUCCUAAAUUGCGGUUGUUUCGCGGUCGUUAGAAACAUGGAUGAUGAUCCCCUUCCCCACACCCUUUACACACAUUUCUUUUUUAACUUUUCGACAUGGGUUCAUCACUACCUAACUGCAGUAAAGUUUUGAAAAGGUGGGAAGAUUUUGUCCACAAAGUCCCAUAUAGAAUAGUGCAAAGGGUUAUCACUGCCUUGUUAUCACUCAGGCAAUUGUUUUUUCUUUUAGUUCUAUAGGUGGGCACAAUGAACAGGAAAAUACUUUAAACCAACUGCUGGUCGAAAUGGACGGUAAGUUGAAUAGAUAUCAAUAUUUUCUUGUCCUUGCAGAAUGCAGGACAUUUUGUAAAUGUAAAUGUAAAUGUAAAUAUCAUAUCAUAUCAACUCCCCUCAAAGCUUUUCAGGGAACACUGGUUGGGGGACUUUGCCAGACUGCUUAAGGUGCAGUUUACAAGUAAUGAAGGAAUGAGUGAUGAUGUCCCCAUACAUGAGUGUGAAAGUGAGAUAAACCACUACACUGAGCACUACGUGCUUUACUCUUUACGAAGAGUGUGUGGGUUCUUUAACGUCCGACAGAUGUUUUAUUACAUGUGCAAGGGCUUGUGAGACGGAGCCUACGAUUUAUCGUCCUGGAAAGUCAAACCGUUUGCAGAUGUCAUUACAAAGGCAGCACUUUCUCCUCAUUUAUUUAAAGACCCUGAGUGCUGGUCCGGCCGGGAUUUGAACCUACAGCCUCCCACUCAGCAGACCGGCGCUUAUGCCAUUGAGCUAACCGGGCAGCGGUUUGUUACGUGAACCUUCUGAAAUGUCCUUAGCUCCCACAAGUCUGCUGUAGUUCUGAGUGGUAGAGCAUGUGGACUGAUAGUGAUCAGCAGGUCAUGCGUUCCACUUCGUUUGGGAGAACUUUACAAUUUUUUUUCUGAUUUGUCUCAGCGUCACUAGUGAGCUUAAGGAGUAGGGAGGUUAAACAACCGCAACGACAGCGACACCAACGAGGACGUAAAAAAAACAGGGUUGAUUACCAUUUUCACAAACCAACCCGUUGGAAAUCUUGCGCAUAUAACAUAAAACUAUAAAUUUUGAUGUGAUGGGAAAACGAACCGCUACAAAGUAUAUCGCGAAGCGCGAGACGAGGGGAGAAGAAAAAAUAAAGCGCCUUCAACCAGUCGAUCAAAAACCACCAUGUUGGAAAUCUUGUGCAUAAACAUAAAACUAUAAAUUUGAUUUGAUGGGGAAACGACCCGCUACAUAGUAUAUCGCGAAGCGCGAGACGAGGGGAGAAGAAAAAAUAAAGCGUCUAUAACCAGUCCAUCAAAAACCACCCGUUGGAAAUCUUGUGCAUAAACAUAAAACUAUAAAUUCUGACAUGGUGGGAAAACGACCCGCUACAAAGUAUAUCCAAAUCAGCUAAAUAGUGGAAAAACUGCAUCGCCGCUAAACCAGCCCAGAUUGACGACGGUGAGGGCGGCGAAAACGUCACUUGUAAAGUGAAUUCGCGCUGUUUCAAACUGCAUUAUUUUUACUCCGCCUCGUUCAAUUUGUCUAAUUUUUGCUAAUUUCUUUUGUAGUUAAAUUCUAAAAGGCUGUAUCUGAGUUUAGGCAAAGUAAAAGAAAGCCGUUGUGAAAUUAAGAACUUUCACGUCGUAGUAGUGCAGCGACGACGAAGAAAUGUUCGAAUAAGCGUGGUGCACGUGCAAAGAUGUUGUUUAUUUGCUGACUCUUGACUAAGGGCCUGUUUACACAGAGGUGGGUACCCCAUGUUGACCAGGGGUAGGUGAGGUAACCCACCAAAGGUAACCCGCCUGUCCAUAUAAUCUCCCUUUUUAAUUUGUUUACGUUUACAUGAUAGGUGGGGUGACCCGCCGCAGGUUACCUCAUGUAAACUGGUCCUUAAAUAGUCUAUAUGUAUUUUUGUUGUAUUCGUUUAGGUAUGAACACAAUGGAGGGUGUGGUGAUGCUGGCUUCUACCAACAGACAUGAUAUCCUAGAUCAGGUAGGUGACUUCUGAUUUAGCUGUCUGACCUGUUUGACUUUGACUGUUUGACCGGCUGAAAGAUUUGACCGGCUGCUUGGUUCACACGGAACCGAUCGAUAUUUUCGCUCUGAUCAGUCCGACCUUUGAAUAGUCUGCUACCCAGCAUUGCGUGACGACACUAAAAACGGCUGUGUAGCAGACUAACCUUUGAACGGCUAUAUGUCUAAAUUAUCGAAGGGGUAAGGUGGUCCCAGUGUGAACGCCGCUCAUCAAUAUGUACCUCACCUCGGAGAAAAACGUCUGUAGAAAUGUGACGUCAGGAAUGUGGCGCUUUCUCGAAGCGUGUUGGAAACGGAAAACACGUGCUUUUGCUUUAAACCAAGUUAUGUAACCAAUCUGUUGUUUAGCGAUGAGUUGUCAUAUAUUUUUUCUGAUAAAUUCAUGAAAUAAGCACCACAGCAGUAAAGUUACGUCACAUUGACUCCAUCAACCCCUAAAAUUAAAGUCCCCCAAGAUCAGAGUGACCAACAUCAAUUAUCUCCCAACAACAUUAAAUUCUUCGUCAAGAGGAAAGGUGUUGAAAAUGAUUUAAAUGAUCACCAAAGGGAAAAUGCUUUGAUCUUUCAUCAAAUUCUCUCCACCGUUUCCUAAGGAAAUGUAUAGAGAUACCUGUGGAGAAGUUGUGUGUGAAUAUUGGGGCUUAAAGUGUUAGUAAUAGUUAAACGUUUUUUGCAGGCCCUCUUGAGACCAGGAAGAUUUGAUCGGCACAUCGCCAUUGACCUUCCAACUCUGAUAGAACGCAAGGCUAUUUUUGAAGUCCACCUGAAGAAACUUACUCUUAAGAUGCCAGUAGACCAAUACUCUAAGCGACUGGCCGAACUCACCCCCGGCAACAGCGGUGAGUGGUCGUAAAAUGUAUACUAAGAGGAGAGGGGCUGCUCUCCUAUUUUGUUUCUAAGGGGUGGAGUGGGGUUGGGGCGAUCAAUCAAUUUAGGUUUCUGGGAAACUCCCCACCUACCCCUUUCCUAAGCCAACAUUUUCCCUUAAGUGAGAAGUUAGUGUUUAUGUUGGCUUAAGGGAGGGGUAGGUGGGCAGUUUCCCAGAAACCUAAAAUAUAAGAUUGGACUACAGAGGCUGGAGCAUACUUUUCGUUCGACGGACUCAGAAAUACGCGAGACUGCCCGUUGACUAACUGAUGAAGUGCAGUUUAUGUUUUCUUUUCUUCCAGGUGCUGAUAUAGCUAAUAUUUGUAACGAGGCAGCCUUACAUGCUGCUCGCUUAAAUGAGAAAACUGUCGAUCAGCGAAAUUUUGAAUAUGCAGUGGAAAGAGUUAUCGCUGGUAAGUUUAAAUACCUACUGUGAACAUAAAUCCAGCUUGAUCUGGGUUUAUGUGCUGCCCUGAAUAAUCUGGGUGAGACUUUUUCCGGUCCGUGGUAAGACAUUUAAAUACUGCCCCUCGAUGAGUCACAAAUGUCGCAAUUGACCACCUUCCAUAAGGAAUACGUUUACGUAUAUGAAUUGUAAUUUACUUGCUAGAGAGGCGACUGUAAUUAUCGUUGCUCUCACAUUGGACUGACUUUUAUUAUGUCUGAAUUUCAGGAAUGGAGAAGAAAACCCAUACCAUGUCACCAGAAGAAAGGAAAAUAGUCGCUAUCCACGAGGCUGGGCAUGCUGUUGUUGGAUGGAUGUUGGAACAUACUGAUCCACUACUCAAGGUGACAUUUAACAAUUAGUUCAUGCGUAUGUCAAGAUAUUGAGCACGCGGGAAGUUUGUAGAGCACGAAUGAGCCGUAAGAGUUGUUCAAGGCGCGGCCGAGAGCAACUCUAGCCUCUAGCCUCUUGCCAAGUCAUUUGCUUUUCUCCCAACGUAGGUAUCCAUCGUUCCACGUACCAAUGCAACCCUGGGAUUUGCUCAGUAUCUUCCAUCAGAUAACAAACUCUACAGCACUGAACAGGUAAGCCGGAAUAAGAGAGUAUUAAGUAUUCGUUUGAUGGUAUAGUAAAUACAUUGGCACUUUUUUCAUGCAGCUCUUUGAUCGAAUGUGUAUGGCUCUUGGUGGACGAGCUGCGGAGGCCAAGAUUUUCAAGAGAGUUACUACAGGUAUAAGGAGUUAUUUCAUGAUCACUGCGUUUUGGCGAUUUGUAUUUGUUUGUGUGGCUCAAAAUCUUCCUCUUUGUAGGAGCUGAAGAUGAUCUUCGCAAAGUAACUGACAUGGCUUACAAACAGGUGAGAAAUUCUCCGAAUUCUUUAAUUUAAUGACCUUUUUACAUUUUGCUUCCAGCCAACUUAAUUUACGGCAUCUCUACGUGUUACCUUCUUAAGCUCAUUUGUCAGUCGGAAAACUACCGCUUUCAGACCACAUGUCCUCAAAAGAUUGCCCAUUAAGUUUAUUCUGUUUGUUUAUCAAAACACGCGAAAUCUUUACAAAAGGCCGUAAAAGAAAACUGGGGAUCACGCGCGUCUCAUUUUCGCGGCACAUAGCUUUAGUGAAAACGUGUUAAAUUUGCGCGACUGCGAAGAUGACCCCCAUUCUCGAUUUUGACCCACAACAUAAGAAAUCGUCAGUCGACUACAGUAAUAGGGUGAAAGAGUGGUAUUUAAAUUACAAACCAAAGAGGAUAGUGUUGGCAUGGACAUUGAUGUUGUAAAAACUGGCUUUUGAAGCUGUAAAUUCUUAAGAAACGCGCAAAAAUAAUAGCUUGUAUAGACGGUUUUAAUUUUCCUAUUUUAAAAUUCAUUUUGCUCUUCUUUUUCUGUAGGUAGUGACGUUCGGUAUGAGCCCCCGGGUUGGUAACAUUUCAUUUCCUGUUAUGAAACCAACUGAACCAUCCAAGAAGUUUUACAGCGACAAGCUGGCUAGGCUCAUGGACGAGGUACAGUCCUAUGUUAUGUUAUUUUACGUUUCCUCUAGGCAACACUUGACUGUUGUAUCCCGUCAACUUAGUAAAAGGCGCGUGCAGCGAAGCGCUGGAAAGCAUUAACCUGGUUACUGCAAGGCUCAAAAUAUCGUCCGGUCAGCGGACAAGUUCGGCCAACGAGACCAUUUGUCCGGAAGAACCUUCGGUUUGCUGGUCAUUUUGACCGGACACAAUGACAUAAGUAAGCGACUAGCGAAAAAGCAUUUUCACACUAUCACGUUUCAAGAGGGCAAGUAUCUUUUUUCAGUUUUCCUUUUUUUUCGUUCAAGUUAUUAUCGUGUUAUUUUUAACGUUUUGAUAGGUCAGAAGAGAGACGUGACCGAGCUAAAAUUUAUUUGGCCGGUAAACCCGACCGGCAACAUUCCCAAGGAUUUUUAUUGAGCCCUGCGAUAACAAGCGAAGGGGGAAAAAAGAAACCUUUAGAAAAAGCGGGAAAUUUUGUACCGAUUCUACUGUGCGGGAAAACAUGUAACAGGCGCUGAGUGCAGGAAUGCGAGUGCGUCGCCAACAGUACGAAACGCGCGAAAAGAUGCCGUUGUCGCCAAAUGAAGGAGUUGAAAGUGCAAAGCCCGAGAGAACAAACAAUCGGUGCCAAGUGCAGGAAAUGCAACUGGUGUAAAGCGCGAAAACAAAGGUGGAACCACUGACAAGACCAAAAACGUUUAUUCCGAUUGGUUAGUUGCAAAAUUGAUGUUUAUGCUGUUUUGUAUUUUGCAGGAAGUUCGUAUGUUGGUUGGAAAAGCAUUUCGGCAAACUGAAGUUAUUCUUGACGCUAAUUUGGGGAAACUAAACGCUGUAAGUUUGCUUCAUCUCAGAUCAGUGAAAGAAGCAUCUGAGCACUGAUAAAUUCUGGUGAAAUUGUAUUUUCCACGCGCUCAUUGCCCCUGGGAAUAAGCGUAGCUUUUGGACAUCGAAACUGCCACCACAAUCUUAGCGUGAAAUUGAAAAAGAUGAAAUAAAUAGCAACACUGCGAAGUUGCUAACUAUUGUUUAGUAUACUCCGUGUGGAGGGAGAAUGAGUACAAGCGAAGCGAGGCACGUGAGGAAAUAACGGCAGAGAAGCCCUCCUUGUGCGCUUCAACGCACAAGCUUAGAUUCCUUCAGCUUUAAUUUGCUUGGACGCAUUAUGAGGUUUACAUAGCGAAGUAUUUGUUAUCGCUUUUAUUUUUACAGUAGAAGGUAUUCAUCUCGUUGGGAGGGAAGUUAAGAAAAUAAAGCGUCGAGUAACUUAGUAACCGUGGUUUAUUUACUAGGGACUUUAAGAUAGGUCACUACGGUCGCCUGGGACGGUUGGAUGCGUAUAACGGGCAGCCUGGAGCCAUGACAGUAAAAAGGCGGGAAAAUUUUCAAUUUAAGAUUCGGACAACAAAACAGGGGACGGGGAAGAAUAUGUCUUUUGAUGAAGAGCGAAACUCGCUUGUAAUUUCUUUAGUAGGCGGCUAAAUUACUGAAGAAGAGUUUCCAACUUUAAAGGAAGAAUACGAAUCAAAAGAAUAAGAGUAUAAAUUAAAGCUAGCUAGUUUUCAAAGCUAGUCGAUGUUUUUAUUUCAACUUUUCUCUCCAAAGCCAACACCUUUUGUGUUAAAGAAAUCGUUUCUUGAUACAAAUACAGUUUUACGUUAAAAAAAAGACGGCUAAAAUCAUCACUGUUGCCUUUCUUUUUGGUAUUUUUCCUCUGCCAUGGUGGACGACACCAGGAAGAAAACAAGAAGUCGCCAUACGGCUGAGUUAUGUCUUAUGAAUGAACUCAGACGUUUCCGCUUUUUUUUUCGGUUCACCGAUGGGUAAAUCAGUAUAAACACAACCCAACGCAUAUUUAACCCAUUGGGCACUCAGUUUUUGAAGACAAGUGACAACAAGUACGCAUGAACUCUUAUCGGUUUCAUCCUUGACUUCACGGCGAGAAACCCUGCGAAAACAUACGUAUACUGUCUCAGAAGGACGACGGUAAAAUGUCACGCGUAUUUUGCGUGACGUAACGUCUAUCCAACCGUCGCAGGCGACCGUAGUGACCUAUCUUAAAGUUCCCAAUCUAACUCUACAGUAGCAUUUGGUAAGGGCAUUAAGUAAUGAAUUGACCUCAGGCUUAAAGUUGCUGCUUUGGUAACUCUUUCUUUUCAUGUUUCAGCUUGCUCAAGAACUUUUAACCAAAGAAGUUCUCAAUUACGAUAAUAUUGCCGCUAUCCUCGGCCCAUGCCCUUUCGGCGAUAAGAUAUCUCGUUUCAUUUCUCCAGACUCUUCAGAUAAAAUGCCCCAGUCCACCCUCCUCAGUAACUGAACAUUCAAUAACAGUGGACCAAACCCUCUUUACUCAUCUCCCCUAAAGGUUUCGUAGUACUGCAUGCUGUAAUCCACCGUUUCCAAAAUGUCGUUGAAGGAAAAUUGCAACAAUCGUCACAUCAUUUUAGCCUGCCUUUCCCAGGGGAGGGGGGAGGGGAGUGGGUUCUUCGGAUUUCAAGUGUUGGGGAUGAUCAAAGGAUUUUGGGGGGUCUAAAAAUUCGAUUCCAGGACUUUUGGGGGAAGGAAAAUUUUGAAGGUAUUCUUUUGGGUGGCUUCAUUUAACAAGGGAUUUUUUGGGUAUUCAAAACAAUCUGAAGAUUCCCGGUAGUGCCCUCGUAUCCUCCCCGGGUAGUUCUACGAAUAAAGUACAACUAACCUUCUUUUCCGCUGCGAAAACUUUUAAAGCUCGGAAAAUUGGCAGGGGAAUUGUAUAGGGUUAAUUCUUGGUCCAGGGAUUUGUUAAGGGUUUCUUUGAAAGCCCUAACGAUUUUUUUGGAUUUGAAUUUUUUUUCCGCCAUUCGAUACGUUCCCAUGGGUCUGUCAGGCGUUAAUUACCGCUUUCGCCCGAUGUGUGAGUUUAAGCCGAACCAAGAUUUUAUGACUUGAGUUUUUGGUAGUUGGUAAUUGAUAAACUAGCUUUCAAAUUUGUUAUCUAUUUCUGUACAUAUUAAUUUUGCGAUUGUAAGGAGAACUAUAAUUCAGCCUUACAUGUACAGUGUAUUGCUGCGAUGAAAUUCUUCUAAUAAACAGUCUUAAACAGUCAAGGUUAUAAUCCCCUGUAAACAGUUGUAACCUCCUGUAACCCCUUUGUAACCCCCUGUAUCCUUCUCUAACCACAUGCAACCCUGCAUACCCUUGCAACCUUCUUUUAG